AUGGCGGAUAGGGUCCCUGUGUUGAAUGUAAUCCCUGGAGUGUUCUUGCUCCCGCAGAGGCAACUGAGAGAGAACUUUGAAUUGCAGGAGCGCGAAGACCGAGAAGACAGUCAUAGCAAAUUAAGCGCGACCGGACACCUGGUCGUAGCGGUGUGUUUGGGCUUCAUCGGUCCUUUCGGAUUCCUCAGUAACCUGCUCGUCCUUGUGCCGUUUAGACUCUGUAAGGUUAUGCGCUCACACUUACUGCUGCUUAAUAUUUCCAUAAGCAAUCUGCUGGUUUGCGUGGUGGGGACGCCGUUCAGCUUCGCGGGGAAUGGCGAAAGUGGGUGUUUGUGGUAUGGCUUUGCCAUACUUUACUGUUUGGUAAGCAUGGCGUCCCUCAUCUCCUUGGCUAUGCUCCCACAUGAGCGAUGCCGUACCAUGAUGGGCCUAGCAGAAAAAGAUGCCACUAACUACAGGAAGGUAGCAGUAGCAGUGGCAUUUUCCUGGUCUGGACUCUGCCCCUUUCUUCGGGUGGAGCUGCUACAGUCCAGAGGUCCCUGGCACCGCCUGUUCAGCAGACUGGAUGGCCAAACCAAGAACAUCUACAUCAUCUGCCUCUUUAUCCACUUGUGCCUCUGUUCCUCAUCAUUGCCAUUGACAGUAUGCAUCUGCAUGACACCAAACAGGGACAACAUUGCAGCCUUCCAUAGAUAUACCAGGCCAGCCCUCAACAAGCUGAUUAAGAGCCCACACCAAACUCUAUCUGGCGACGUUCGGAGCCCCACACCUCAACACAGCCAUGGCCAGUCUCGCGCCCUGGCCAAGACCAGCACCAUCAUCCACCCCGUCAUCUUCAUCUUCAUGAGCAGACAGGUGAGGCCGGGGAACUAG